UCUAAAGUCAAUGAACAACACAAAGUCCAGUAUUGUAAUUUUGAAAUGUAGAUAAAAUAUAUCUACACUCAACAAUAAACAUGAAUACUUUAAAAGUCAUCUUGUCGAUCUUUUUUUCAGGGAUCAUUACACUAACUGCUUCUUCGUCAAAUGGUCCAACUUUAGCUGACAUUGAUGAAUCAAAUGACACUACCACUCAGUCCGCUCAAGCUACAACACAUGGAAUACCAGUGUCAUCCCAUGCCACAUCUUCCGAUUCAUCAGCAGGUACCACACAUGGAAACACAACCAAUAAACCUUACAUAACUGAUACGACGGAAAAUCCGGAUUACUCGUCUGCUUCAACAGCCGUUAGUACAUCAGGUGCUCCAAAAACAUCAAAUCCGUCGGCUGUUCCAGAAACGUCAAAUCCGACAACUGUCCCAGAUAAAACAACAAUUACUGUACCAUCUACAUCGGGUAAUCCAACAACACGUGUUCCAUCGUCGGGCGAUGGUUCUGGAUUUAGUGGUUUAUCCUUUGGAAUCGGUAUUCUGGGAGGUGUUAUAGCAGUAUGUGUGUCAAUACUUCUUGUUUUUCUUUAUCGACGUCGGUUUCCAUAUGAAACUUUAUCAAAUUUUGACUCAACAUCUUCAAUAAACUUUUUGAAAGACUGAGUUGUAACAUAGAUCUGAGAUGUUAUAUUAGA